AUGAUUCAAGAAGAGUCUUUCACCGAAGAAUCAGUGAGAGGUUUGAAGACCCUCAAUGUCUUUAGAGAUGAGGAGAGUAUUUUAAGGAUUAAAACAAAAUUAACUGAAAAGCAUGACUUGCGAAAUUUUAGAUACCCCAUUCUUCUUCCUGGAAAACAUAGAUCCUUCCUCCUUUGCCUUCGGCGGUUCAUAGCCAGACGAGGCCGACCAAAGGUUAUUUACAGCGAUAAUGGUACUAACUUUGUAGACGCUGAAAAUUUGCUGAAAAAACUGGAUUGGGAUGUGAUCGAAAGAGAAACUUCUAUCCAAAGAAUAACAUGGAAAUUCAUACCACCCUCUGCACCUUGGUGGGGUGCAUUUUGGGAGCGGAUUGUUCAAAUGGCGGUCAUUAACUUCAGACCUCUUACGUACUUAUCCGAAGAUCCCAAUGACCUCAUUCCGCUCACUCCAUCAAUGUUUAUACAGGAUAUUUCGAUGGUGGGAAUGCCCGAUUUAGAUCAACUCGACACUACCGAUGUUAAAAGGCGUCUGAAAUAUCGACUAAAUCUUAGACAAUACUUAAGAAACAGAUUUCGCCGUGAAUAUCUAGUCAUAUUAUUACAACCACGGAAGAAAAGUAAUUAUUAUGAAGUAAAACCUGGAGAAAUUGUCUUAAUUGAAGAUGAUUCAAAGAAAAGAUUAAUGUGGCCAAUGGCUCAAAUUCUUGAAGUUUAUCCAGGUAAAGAUAAAAACGUUAGAGUAGUGCGAUUGAAAACACCAAGCAGUGAGAUUGUACGUCCUGUUUAUCCUCUUGAGAUAAAGUGUACAGAAGAUGAAAGCCCUCUUAAUGAAAAGCCUCUUACAACAAGAAGAGAUAGAACAGUAAAAGUGCCUUCAAGAUUUUUGAGGACUUGA